CCAAUGGGCGACGACCGGGGUGGAGUGUGCGGACGGAGACGGUGCCCACAAUCGUGGCGCAGUCGGCAAUAGAGGCCGGUUUAUUCCCGACUGGGGCGAUGCGCGGGUGAGCAUGAUGAUGGAGCCCGGGAGCCUGGGGAAGCCUCGCGGCGCGGCGGGGCGGCUCGACGCCUUCUCCUUCGAGCAGGACGUCGUGUCUCCGUUUCACAGCGUCGAGCCCCUCAAGCACCCCGUCGAGCCCCCCGCGUCGCACCACUUCUCCAACAACGGCUUCGGCAUGCACCCCCACCCGGGUUACGUCACCAGGGAUUUCCUGCUGCGACGAGACCUUCCCCAUGAUGGCGGCAUGUUCGUGCCGCACCAUCCGCCGGCCGAUCUGUACCCGGCGCGGCUACCUCUUACGGAUGUAUACGGCACGCCGCAGCCGAGGCCCGAGCCCGUGUACGCGGCUCCGGCCAUGGGCGGCCAUCCGCACGGAGCCUUCUUCAGGUACAUGCGACAGGCACCAGUGAAACAAGAGCUCACCUGUUUGUGGAUCGAGCCGGCGUCUCCUCUACAUCAUCCCUUGGCGCAUCUGAGUCCGCGGAAACCGUGCGGGAAGACGUUCGGUUCGAUGCACGAGAUCGUGACGCAUCUGACGGUGGAACAUGUGGGUGGACCGGAGUGCACCAACCACGCCUGCUUCUGGCAGGACUGUGCGCGGAACGGGCGACCCUUCAAAGCAAAGUACAAGCUGGUGAACCACAUACGCGUGCAUACGGGGGAAAAACCCUUUCCGUGCCCUUUUCCAGGCUGUGGAAAGGUGUUUGCAAGAUCGGAGAAUCUCAAAAUCCACAAGCGGACGCAUACAGGCGAAAAGCCAUUCAAGUGCGAAUUCGAAGGCUGCGACCGCCGGUUCGCCAACAGCUCCGACCGCAAGAAGCAUUCCCACGUGCAUACGUCGGACAAGCCGUACAACUGCAAGAUCCGCGGCUGCGACAAGAGUUACACGCACCCGAGCUCCCUGCGCAAGCACAUGAAGGUGCACGGCAAGAGUCCGCCGCCCCCGCCAUCGCCCUCGUCGUCGUCGGCGUCGGGAUACGACUCGGACUCUGCGCCCGGAGCGCACCACGGGACUCCGCUCGGUACCAUGAACCACUCUUCCAACGCCGCAAAUCCUGCCGUUGUCGGCCCACUCUCGACGCAGCAACCGAUUCACCACGUUCCGCCGCCGCCUCCGCAGAUCCACCACGCGCCCCAGACGAGCUUGAACGAAUGGUAUGUCUGCCAGCCCGGCGGAAUGCCCACACCUCCGAGCAACGAGCACUCACCAUUAGGCGGUCCGCAUCAUCACCACUUGCCGCCUCCACCCUACUGACCCCGGCUACCGGGGGCCUCGUACGCCUUUUGAAGAGGACCCUCGUGCACUGUGAACUACCUCAACAGGACUCGUGCCAUGGUCGGAGUCUUGCCAAGACGUGCUGCCAUGCGUAUCUCAAUUCCAAUGCGAUUUAGUGUGGUCAUCUUAAGGCGUCAUGAUUCGACUCGUCAACAUAUAGAGAGAAAAAGAAAAAAAAAGUAUCUACUUCGAAAUGAUAAUAUAGACACGCAGGUGACACGGGAGAAAAAGAAAAAGGACGGUCUCUUAAGUCAGAGACCACACCUGAAAGAGUAUUCAUUCUCGGAACAUAUCUCGACUUAUAGCUUCAAGCUGAACAAGGUCACUCUAGUUAUUGUGAUUCCGAAGCUUUUUUAUGUGAAGAUAAGAUAUAGUUUCUCAAGUGCGGAUAUACGCACAUUCUGAGCUACUCCGUCGAACGCUACCUCAGCCUCCCAUAGGUAACCAAGAACAUUCAGACAUAUCCAGAAAGCUGUACUUAAACUGCACAUCUUAAUUCGAUGCCUUCCUGUAAGUCUUUCCAGAAGGUUUUUACGACGCUUGCUACUUAAAUCAUUGUCGCGACCUCCGGUACACAAUUCCACUUUUGCAUAUCCAACACAACCACACGACCCUGGUGCCACAGCGCAUUAUCGUUACCACCGAACAAACACGAACAACUUAGACGAAUGUACUUCUUUUUUUUUUUACAAUUUCGACGAUGGAGAAUGUUUUGGGAAACCCUAGCAACGCUCUUUUAAGCGUCUAGUCUGGUCAGUGCGUUGAUGUCGCCAAGAAUUUCUUAGGAACUCUGGUAGUCUUUUCAUUUCUAAGGACGCCACCGAUAGGCAAAAACUAAACGAUGAUAUAGGCCUGCUUUCUUGCUUAAAAGGUUUCCCUUCACACGACUGUACAUCAGGCAACAAAAAUAAACGACGUUUCGCGUGAGUGCACCACGUCAUAACAUCCAAGAAGGUGCAGAACGUGAACCUCUUCCGGCAUGUCUUGGCAACACUCCGAACGGACAGGGAACAAACGUCUGUUUUUCCCCCAGACACUUUGACCCAAAGUGUCGCUCCAUUGUUUUAUAUACAACGCCCUGUGCUUCUGAACACAUGGACGACUCGACACCUUUCUUGUAAGAUAGCUUCAUUCUCAUCAGCAUGUUCGAAUCGCCCGAUCGGUGCGUGUGUGAUCUCCGGAAGUGACGUUAUCGUGAAGUGCGACAACGACCCCAUUCUCUCUCUCCGUCGCUUUCAUGGACUGCAAGGACGUUGCGUGCGUGCGUGUGUGUGUGUGUAAUGUACAUUGAGCUCUAUUUUAUUACCACCAAAAAAAAGAGAAAGGGACACAACCAAAACGAAAAAGACCAACAGGUUCGAUCAAAGCUCUGCAGUUCUGGCUGCUGGGUUUCGUCAUUCUAGUAUAUUUUUUACAGAAGUGAGGGAGUCGACAUUAAAAAAAAGUGAGUUAA